UUAGAAAACCUGUUUAGUCAAAGGGGAACUUAGCUGAGGAACAGAAUGAAAAUUAUUUCCUUAGACAGUAGACAAACAUUCAGGAAACACCUCUGCACCCCAAAGAUAGGAACAGCUGCCACACAGUGACUAUUAAAGGGAGGUUCUAAGUUAUGAGCAAACAGCUGAUUCUCUUGGUUCUUAGGCUGUUGCUGUUGGUGACAGGAAAUCUUGUUUCCCAAGCUACUGGCUUCCUGUUUUAUUUUUACUCUUAGCAGAUCAGAAUGUCCAUAACAAGGAGCAGUCUGUUCCAAAGGGUUCUACUCCCUCUUUGAGCCUGAAGGGCUUUUUUUUUUUCUUUUGGUCAGACAAUAUGUUGGUUCACUUUUAAGAUCUAUGAUGUUGAGCUUGAUUUAAGCAUUUCGUAUUCACAAUCAACUUUUUUGGUGAUGAGCUGGUGUUUUGAGAUUUGAUGUUGUUUUUCAUCAUUCAGAACGUUGCCUGAAGCAGGUCCACCAUGCCGUUAGUAACGAGGAACAUCGAGCCAAGGCACCUGUGCCGUCAGACGUUGCCUAGCGUUAGAAGCGAGCUGGAAUGCAUGACCAACAUCACCCUGGCAAAUGUCAUCCGACAGCUGGGCAGCCUGAGUAAAUAUGCCGAGGACAUUUUUGGAGAGCUCUUCACUCAGGCAAAUACUUUUGCCUCUCGAGUAAGCUCCCUUGCUGAGAGGGUCGACCGCCUACAAGUUAAAGUCACUCAGCUGGAUCCCAAGGAAGAAGAAGUGUCACUACAAGGAAUCAACACCCGAAAGGCCUUCAGAAGCUCUACCGUUCAAGACCAGAAGCUUUUUGACAGAAACUCUCUCCCCAUACCUGUCUUGGAAACAUACAACACCUGUGAUACUCCUCCACCUCUCAACAAUCUGACCCCUUACAGGGACGAUGGGAAAGAGGCACUCAAAUUCUACACAGACCCUUCGUACUUCUUUGAUCUUUGGAAGGAGAAGAUGCUGCAGGACACCAAGGAUAUCAUGAAAGAGAAGAGAAAGCAUAGGAAAGAGAAGAAGGAUAAUCCAAAUCGAGGAAAUGUAAACCCACGUAAAAUCAAGACACGUAAGGAAGAGUGGGAGAAAAUGAAGAUGGGUCAAGAAUUUGUAGAAUCCAAAGAAAAGCUGGGGCCUUCUGGGUAUCCACCCACCUUGGUGUACCAGAAUGGCAGUGUUGGGUCUGUUGAUAACGUGGAUGCAAGCAACUACCCACCACCACCACAGUCAGACUCCACUUCUCCGCCUUCUCCUUCCUUCUCUGAGGACAGCUUGCCUCCCCCACCAGCAGAAUUCAGCUACCCAGCAGACAGUAUCCAAAGAGGGUCUGGCUUAGCUGGGCCCAAAAGAUGCAGUGUGGUCAGCCCAAGCCAUCCACCACCAGCUCCUCCUCUGGGCUCUCCGCCAGGCCCCAAACCUGGGUUUGCUCCACCACCUGCCCCUCCGCCUCCACCUCCGAUGAUGAGCACUCCACCCCCACCACCGCUUGGAGGAUUUGGGUCUCCAGGGACGCCACCACCACCUUCACCCCCAUCUUUCCCACCUCACCCCGAUUUUGCUGCCCCUCCACCUCCUCCCCCACCGCCAGCAGCUGACUACUCACCUCUGCCACCACCUCCCUUGUCCCAACCAGCAGGAGGAGCACCUCCGCCUCCCCCGCCCCCCCCUCCUCCGGGGCCCCCUCCUCCCCCUUUCAGUGGUGCAGAUGGCCAGCCUGCUGCACCUUCACCACUUUCUGACACCACCAAGCCCAAGUCCUCCUUGCCUCCUGUGAGCGAUGCCCGCAGCGACUUGCUUUCAGCCAUCCGUCAAGGCUUUCAGCUGCGCAGGGUUGAGGAGCAGCGGGAACAAGAGAAGCGGGAUGUUGUGGGCAACGACGUGGCCACCAUCUUGUCACGUCGCAUUGCUGUGGAGUACAGCGACUCAGAAGAUGACUCCUCUGAGUUUGAUGAGGACGAGUGGUCGGAUUAACUCUUCUGCCUGCUGCCCGCUUCCUUUUUCUUUCCUUCCUACCUGCCUCCUUUGAUGCCUACCCUGACAGUCCCAAGGGGAGAAAAGGGAGGAAAAAAAGAAUCUCAAGGGGCCAGAGCCUUCCCUGAAGCAACCAAAGAUAUAUCCAAGUGCUUCCUCCAAAUCAACAUGUAUUUCCCAUCUCCCCGAGGUCAGGCCCAUGGGGCUCCUGAGGUUCAGUAGCUGAGAUGUUCCCUCUUCCCUUCAAGUGACUGUUGCAUAUUGAAGAGAAGGGAAAACCCCAAAGCAGAUCCCUUUGAUUGGAUUUAAAUUUGGAGUUGGUGCCUUCCCCUAGGAGCCAUUUUCUGUGGUCUUCUUCUAGAAUCCUUGCCCUCAGCUACUUUGAAUAAUGCCAGCCAUCUUCUGGUCCUAAAGCCUGCCUGGACACAGCUGGCCCCCUUCCCAUGCACUGAGAGGGCGGAGCAGCCGCAUACCCUGUGCCUCCCCCUUCUGCCCUCAUCAGCAGGGUGAGGCUGCCUUUUGCUAAGCCAUCUCUAUGUCUGGAUGCCCUUUAUUCCAGGAGCCAUCCAGCCCCUAAAGAAAUGUCUUACCCCUCUGCUCAGAAACAAUGCCUUUCUGGAGGCAGGGGUGGUUCCCUCCCUCCCAGGGUCCCUCUCCUGAAUGUGGUGUUCCACGUUCCUUAAAUGCCCCUCCCUCACCACCAGGUGCCUCCAAGCACCACAGCCCGGUUCUAACCUCUAAUGCUCACGACCAAACUAGCCCUGACACACAGGGAUCUGGGCCUCUUCUGGCUCUUGGGAGCCAAGCUUAGAGACUUGUAACUGCAGGACUGGAAAAAGGCGGAACUGGGUUGAAUGAUGCUGAAGCCUAGAGAUGGGAAGUGACUUGCUCAAGGUCACACAGUUGGAUGAUGACAGAGCUAGACCCCAGAGUUCCUGAUUCCAAGUCACCUGUGCUUUCUGGGACCAAAUGGUGGGCACCUGCUGGAGCCCGGGCAGAGCAGUUCUUGGCUCUGUGCUACUUCAGACCUCACCACAGGUGGGGGUCCCAGUAGAAGGGCUCAGGGCCUGUGCCAGGCCUAUCAGUGCUGCUCAGACCCUCAUGGCCUCUCUUGUAAUUGUUUGCUCCCCCUUUCCUAUCACCAGCCAAGCACCUGGCCUUGAGAGCUGCCCUUUUGGGGGACCAGAGGUAGUGAGAGAAGGAAGCGGGUAGGCAGCGUGACAGGUGCUGCUUUCAAUUCCUCUGCAACUCCUCCCCCUUUUAUUUCCCCAGUUAAUCAUAGGUCCUUCCAACUGUAGAAACUUCAGUCCCUCAGGCUGGCAGCCGCUGCAGGUAGCUGCCCCGGGGCAGGGGGCGCUGGCGGCUGGCGGCCAUGAGGAGGGUCGAAAGGCAGAAGGACUCUGGGUCUUGUUUCCAGCUCCCCUCCUCACUGCACAGUGACGUUCCCUCCCUCACUCCCCCUUUUUCCCAGAGCUAAUACACAGGUGCUAUUAUUCAGAAAAAAACUGGUCAACUUUGGCCAACAGUGAGGUUUCUUCUCUUCUGCCCUAACUAUUGUGUAGCCUCUUGUGCUGAAACUGGCUUCUGGCUUCUCCGGCUUCUCCGGCUUUCUGAGCCCUGAAACAAAGAGAAACAGGAUCUGUCUCUACCCAGCACAGCAAAUGGUUAUAGUAAUUGCCAAAGCCCUCAUCAACCCCUCCGGCUUGAGGAGAGGGUGUAAUCGUGGGUACCGCCGCUGUGCCCUGGCUGAAUCUCCCCCUCAGCCUUCUUGCUGUGAACUUGGGGCGUGGGGACCGAGUCUUUAGAGGCCAGCGUGCCCUCCUGCAGGGGCUGCUCCAGAGUGUGCCCUCCUUCCUCUCCUAGAUCACACAUCUCUGGCACAGGGCUGGCGUCAGGCCCCAGUGCUGAGCGUACCAGACGGUGUGCACCCCCUCCUUGCCUCCCACUGUGCACUCUGGAAGCUGAAGGUGCUUUCUUCAGAACUCUAAAAUGGCUGUCGAAGGUGCCCCCGGCUGCAACCCAGCAGUGACCAAAGUGGCAGGUGGAGGGCAGUGGUUCUCCCAAAUAGGAGUCCUGGGGCCUGGCUAGGCCAGGGUUUGGGCCUAAUGGCUUUGACUAAAUUACCCCCAUCCCCCUCCUUUCCGGAGAAGGGGGAGCCAGCACUACUCACUAUCAUUCUUCUCUGACCUUGAAGGGGGCGGUGUUGGCCUGGCUUCUGGAAUGGACGGAGUCUGCCUUGGAAAGGGCUGGGGGCAGGAGGAGGUGGGGAGGGCCACUGCCUGCAGAAGGUAGGAUUAGAUCAUUAGCUCAGUGACCUCCUAGGGUUUCGAUAUGCUGUGUUCUCAUCCUACAGCUGGUUUGGUAAUGAUCUGAAAGUCCCGGAGAGCAACAGCACAGCUCUGCCCGAUGCUCUCAUUAAAAUCUAUGCAGCCAAGCUCGGCGCUUUGUAGCAGCCGGCCUUGCGAAGCCUCCUCAGCUCGGGGGGCUGGGGACCCAGUCAGCCGAGAGGCCCUCUGGGCUCUACUUAUGCAUAUGUGCACCAAAAAAAAAAAAAAAAAAGCUUCUUUAAACACAGAGCCCUUUAAGAUGAUAAAGGACCCUAUGCAGGUAAUUGUGUUAUCUUUGGAAUCCUGUAAUUGUAGAAUGCAAAGUUUAGUGAUUAUUUAAACUGGGCUGAGGCUGGUAAGAGUAUGGAGCAAUGGCCCCUAAGGACUCUAAGGGCUGAAGCCAAGGAGCCGCCUCCCUUCCCUAUUCUGCCCAGCCCAGGGGACCUGCCCCCAUUCCUGUGGCCCAGGGGCCCAGCUUCCACUCGGCAGUGUCAGAAUUGAGUUGUGACUCUGCCUUGGUUGUGAGAUGAGUACAUUCCAAGGGAGCAGCCACGGGGAGGGGGCAGGCUCAGCGAUCCCUUGGAGGCUCCGAGCAGCUGGCCUGAGCUCCAGCUCGCCUCCAACGGAAGCUCAAGCGCCCUCAGAAAUGACCCUGGCCGGUGUCACCGCAGAGCUGAGGCAGUGUUGUCAGGGCUAAUGUGAAAUCUCUUCCCGUGGCGCCGAUUCUCCGGCUCGGCAGCGCCAUCUCGGACAGAUUGAGGUCUCUGUGGCUUUGGUGACCCUGUGUAAGCAUUCCCACCGUGUCCCAGCUCUGCUUUCAGCCUGCUGCCCACUGCAACCCCCCUCACCUGACCUCAGGGCUUGAGGAGGGGAGCAGUGACCCCAAGGCCAGGGGCUUUUGCUCAGGAGAGAGGUCAGGCUUCCUGGGGGCUUUGAGCUCUACCGGGGUUCAGCCGACCUGGGACCAGGUGUCACCCAGAGAUGUGCCUCAGGAAGGGCUAGGGAACAAUUUUGUUACUGCAUUAACUUUAGUCACUUAACUCACUUGAGAAACUAACCAAUUUUUACUUUCUGUCUAGAAUGAUGUAUGUGUAGGAGAGAGAGCCAUCAUGCUCCUGAAGUGCCUUGUUUUCUCUGAUAUAAAUAUAUUUAUGAGGACCUGGUCCAGUGGAUUCUUGGGUGUGUUUGCCACAUCAAGAUUUUAGGGAGUGGGCUUGUUACGUAGUGGGGUUACAGUCUGAAAAUGAGUCCCCUUCCCCUGAAGAUGGGAACGGAGCUUGAGAUGCAGCUCUGAGCUCUAACCUUCAGGGGUUAAGCCAGACCCCUGACGUGACCCUUUCCUUGUCACCCUAUUCCUCUCAGGUCCUUAGAAGGAGGACUAGUUUUUCAAAGCCCCAUGCCUCCAAGCCUGGUCCUACUUGAGUCCCUGCCAGGCUCGUGUGUGUACCACAUUAGCACCCCAGUGACCUGAAGAUUCUGUGUAAUUGUUUUACGUAUACAUGCGAAUGCAUAAAUGCCAACAUCUUAAAUAAUUUGAUAAAGUCUUUGUAACCAUGCA